AUGGCCUUGCCUGGGUUUCGGGGCCACCCUGCCGGGCUGCUCCUGUUCCUACUGCUGCUCCUGCUCCCCCAGGCCCUGACGGAGGGACCGCUGGUGUUCGUGGCUGUGGUCUUCCGCCAUGGAGACAGGGCCCCGCUGGCCUCCUACCCCACGGACCCGCACAAAGACUCCUUGUCCAGACUGUGGCCGCGGGGCCUGGGCCAGCUGACCAGGGAGGGCGUCCAGCAGCAGCUGGAGCUGGGCCGCUUCCUGAGGCGUCGUUACAAGGGCUUCCUGAGCCCCCAGUUCCGGCGGGAAGAGGUGUAUGUCCGCAGCACCGACUUCGACCGGACACUGGAGAGCGCUCAGGCCAACCUGGCGGGGCUGUUCCCCGAGGCCGGCCCGGGGCGCCCCGAGGCAGCCUGGAGGCCCAUUCCCGUGCACACGGUGCCCGUCUCCGAGGACAAGCUAUUGAGGUUCCCCACGCGUAACUGCCCCCGAUACCGUGAGCUGCUGCGGGAGGCGACAGAAGCCACCGAGUACCAAACGGCCUUGGAGGGCUGGACAGGAUUUCUGAAUCGCCUGGAGAACUUCACGGGGUUGUCAUUGGUCGGGGAACCGCUCCGCAAGACAUGGAAACUUCUGGACACGUUGAUUUGCCAGCGAGCCCAUGGCCUUUCCCUCCCAUCCUGGGCAUCCUUGGAUGUGAUGCGGACACUAGCUCGGAUCUCAGCCUUGGAUAUUGGAGCCCAUGUAGGCCCACCGCGGGCAGCAGAAAAGGCCCAGCUGUCAGGGGGGAUACUGCUGGAUGCCAUCCUCAGCAACUUCUCCAGAACCCAGCGCUUGGCAUUGCCUCUCAAGAUGGUCAUUUAUUCGGCUCACGAUAGCACCCUGCUGGCACUCCAGGGGGCACUGGGGCUCUAUGACGGGCACACUCCACCAUAUGCCGCCUGCCUGGGCUUCGAGUUCCGGACACACCUUGAGGACCCGGAUGAAGAUGCUGGUGCUGGGAACGUCACGGUCUCUCUUUUCUACCGCAACGACUCCACAGGCCUGCCCCUGCCCCUGAGCAUCCCCGGGUGUCCGGGCCUCUGUCCACUGGGCCGUUUCCACCAGCUGACUGCCCCUGCCCGGCCACCAGCUCAUGGGAUCCCCUGUCAUGGCACCCACCAGCCUGCCCCCCGUGCAGCCACGGCGGUGCCCCUGCUGGCUGGGGCUGUGGCCCUGCUGGCCCUGCUGAGCACGGGGCUGGGUUUGCUCGCCUGCAAACCAGGAUGCCUGCGGGCCUGGGGGGGGCUCGUGUGA